CCAGCCCAGGACUGGGGUGAUUUCUGCUUCUGUUUGUUUAUUUGUUAAAACCUGGACGGAGGUUCUUAGAAAUAAAUAAGCGCGGUACCGUGUUACCGUGGCGGUGGGUUGCAGGCUUUUUCCCGGGGAGGGCGGGGAGCUUGUAGGCCAGAGCGGGCUCCCCACCGCCCCCUCCCCUUCCCCCCUGUACAGGGUGCAGCAGAAAUGAUGUUAAAGCAGAUUAAAAUUUUUCUCGUAUAUUGCUGUUUCCGAUUUACUAGAUGGCACUAGCAAUGCAAACAGCUGUUCCCGUUUAAAUACUUCUCUAAUAGCAUUUCUUUCUAAAUAUUUAUCUUUUUAAAGCCUCAGUCCAAACACUCCAGUGUAUGCCAUGGAGGCAGAGCGUAUUCCCUGCAAAGCCCUGCAUAGAGUUGGCUGCUCGGACCGGGUGCAUGAAUGGAAACCUUUCAGGCCAAGAUCUGCUGCUAAUUCUGUUUGUGGAUUGGCGAGCGGAGAGGGGCUCCUUAUUCCUCUUGGGUUGGUGGAGUUCAUAAAAAAUAGCACUAACCAUAUGGGUUCUCUAGCUUAAAAUGCCUGCCUCUGAGAGGUUGCUGUGUGGAAGGACUCAUUGUGUAACAGCUAAGUGGAUACAGUAGUCUCUUGUUAUUAUUUUGUUAGUCUUAUUCUGCUGAUGGGAAGGAAUAUAAUGUAUUGUUAUUAUUAUUUUUAAAGCCAUCUGUUCUCAAAGCAGUGUCUUAGGAUAAUGCCUUAUUUCCUAGCUGAGAACAUGGAUUACUGUUGAAUUUGUCAACAAACUAUAUAGGGUUUUUAAAUGACUGCCUGUGACUUGCAGGCGUUGUCCUCAAACAUGCUUGCUCAGAGCUGAAUACAAAUGUAGAGGUGGGGAGAACUAAGAUGUGCCUCAGCAUUUUAGUAUAGUAGGAUGGUUCUACUAUUUGGAAAGGGGGAAACUGUCAUGUUUGACAGCAUUUCUGUAGGGAUAAUUGUUUUAAGUGGCUCAAGAGAGAUUCUGCACACAGGAAGCUCACUGAAUCUGCUGGAAUUCAGCAUGGGAGAACUUCACAUGCAAAAAAGCUUUGGCACAUGGGAGUAAAAGAAGAAGCUUCAUAACAUUUCAGACCAUUUAGCACACCAAUUGUUGUGUCAUGGCAACCAGUGUAAUUCUAAAAGCUGGAAAAAAAGGGAUUUAAUAUCAUGCAGAUAUGCUGACUCUUGCUUCUUUUAUGAAUUGGGGUAUAUCAUAAAUGAAAGAGUUAGUAAAGCAAUGUAUUGUUUUUAUAGAACCAAUUGCGUGCCAGGUGCUUUACAGACCAGAAGAAAAGGUCCCUGCUUUGGAGAGCUUACGUUCCAUAAUGAGAUAUUGAUCAAACCUGCUUUGGAGUAGCUUUGCCAGCCCAUGAAGCUGCUCAGGUAGUAAGAUCUGGGACAAAUAUUUGCAUAGAAUGCUAGGAAGGGUGACAGAACAGGGCCAGAAACUAAUUAACCUGGCAGUGUAGUGCAACGUGUUCUUGCAUGCUUGGUGUUUGGUUUCAAAUUGACGUUUUACUCUUUUGUUGUUUCUAGGGCUGAAAUCAGAUAUAUGACACUAAUGUUAAAAUAACAUCUGACAUUAACUACUUGAGUUGGAUACUUAAACAGUUGCUGACUAAACAAAUAUGGGUUGUUUUUCAGCCAGAUAAUUUUCCUGAUUCACCAUGUGACCACAUAAAUGUGCAAAGAGCAGAACAGGGACUUGAUCUUGGAAGAGAGAAGUAGUUGCUGAAGCUGGUAGUAACAUUGAUUUUUGUUUUUUCUUGGGCCGCCCCCCCCACCCCCUCCCCCCCAAACUACACCUUACCAUUGCAGAAAAUCAUUAGAAAUGUCAUUGUAUUCUGACUUCUAGAAACCCAGGGUUCAGGGGGAAAACUGUCAGCAAGUUCUUGAAAGGCAAAUCAGAUUUCAAGUUUGGUUGCCAACAAGAUGAUCUUACUUCAUGGUAUAUACAUACAUACAUUUAGGGUUGAUUUGUCCUGUGGGUGUAGCCAGGAUGGGUUACAGAAGAGCCGAUCUAAGAACAUGUUGCUCAGUGCUUGUCAACUUGUUCUCAAGUGAGCAAAAUGGACCUGUGUUUUCAAAAUGCAGGAAGUACUGAUUAUUGCAGUACAGCAACAGAUUUAGCAUGGCAAGGUGAUGCAUUGGGUGAAGCAGCACACUGGAUUUGUGUUACUGAUGUCAGGUAGUACAUAAAGCAAAAGGGGGUUGGGGGCCUGAUUUCCAUUUUCAGCUGUGAGCUGGGUAUAUUGGUCAAGUUCCUUGAGUUUCUCUGCGAUGGUUCUCAGCCUGUGCUUUCAGGGCAAUGCAUUGCUAAACUGUGCCUCUCCAGGAGAAGUGUUGGUUUGAUCCAAGUUAGAGUUUUCCCAUCUCAGAAACAAGAGGCAAAGCAAGACCUCACAGAUACUCUCUUUUCCCUCAGCAGUGUUUUGUCAAGGGUAAAUGUCUGGAACAAUGGGAUUCUCACACUGCCUGCUAUUUCCUUCUUCUACUGUUUCUUUGUACCUUUUCUUCAGCCCAUUCUGCUGCUCUUGAUAUUGUAAGGUUUGUGCUUUGUGGCAGGCAGGGGGAGUGGUAGAAGAACCACUUUUUUGGUGUUUUAAUGUUGAUUGCUCAUAGGUGUGUUCUUACAGGCUUCCCUGUUGAAAUUUCACGAUUGAAAGUAAUCUGCUAUGAAAUGCCAUUUUCUCUCUGUCCUGAGUUCACAAUGCAGUUCUUACUGCAGUUUUAGUUACAUUGCAUUUAAGUAUAAGAAUGACCUGAAGGUAACCUUUCAGAGGAAUGCAAGAGUUUUCUUUUUUGCCUACAGACUGUGCUGCUAUCUUGUAACUGUUACUCAAGAAUCAGUUGGUCUGGACAUUAGAUUGCAAAAAUUUAAACAAAUUGUAAACUGUUGAACUUUGCCCUGCACAUACUGCUCAUUUUCCUGUUCUGUACCUAGUUGCUGAUGGGAUUUAAUGAAAAGAAAUCUACGUUAAAAUAAAUGACUACAAUUACAGUGCAGGAGAGCUUUGCUUGGCUACUGCGUGUGAUGAUCAACUUUGUCUUGCUGGCUUUCAUACUUGGUGAACAACGCUUUAUGGGACAGAUUCAUUUGGAACAGAUGAAUAAAUGAAAUUUCAGUGAUUUCUGGGAUUUUUCAUCGGAGGUCAUGGAGCUUUCAGCCACUGACCUCAGCAUCUAUGACAAGCUAUCAGAGACAAUUGAUCUAGUCAGACAGACUGGCCACCAGUGUGGGAUGUCAGAAAAAGCCAUUGAGAAAUUCAUUAAGCAGCUCUUGGAACGAAAUGAACCCCAAAGGGGACCUCCACGCUACCCUGUCUUAGUGGCUGUCUACAAGGGCCUGCUCAUGCUGGGAUUGGUCUUGCUAACUGUUUACUUUGUGAUCCAGCCGUACAGCCUGCUGCCACCUGAAGCUCCACUCUCCAGAGCCCAUUCCCUCAUCGGUCACCUCCGACUGCUCUCUCUGCCUAUUGCUAAGAAGUACAUGCUUGAGAAAUGCCAGGACUGGUGGGCAGCAGGUUGUAGACAAAACACUUCUACGCUGCCUGCAAGUUGCACAGCAUGUUCUUCUGUGAAAAGCCUUCAGAUUGUGACAGACUUUGGAGAACUAUCAGAAGAACUCCAGAGGUCUCAGCCUUUUCUAAUCAAGACAGGACAGCAUCUCUCUUAUGAAGAACUAAAGCACUUUCAAUCCCAGGAUCCAGAACUGGCAGAGGUUGUAAUAGAAGAAAAUUCAUCUGAACUGUGGAGCUGCCUCCCAAGACAGAGCUUUCCAUUUUUCUUUCCCUGGAACAAAUCUGUAAAUAGAACUCAUAUUCUACAGAAUUUUUUCCCCACUUCCUCUUCAUUGUCUUUCCACAAGACAGUGUCCCUAGAGAGUUGCUUUCUCAUACGCCAUCCAGAUUUGGGGAAUAAGAGCUACAGCUUGCAUGGCCUCUUUGCUGUUGGAAGCGGACAGCUCACCCUGACUGUUGUACCUCUGGACAAGUGCAGAGGACACUGUGAGAUGUUCAAGGUGGAGCUGGAAGCUGGAGAUUUGGGUUAUGCCAGCACAGAUUACUGGAUGAUGAGCUUCAUGGCCAAAGGGACAGAACCAGCGGUUGUUUGUUAUGGAGCUGCUAGCUAAGGACAGUGGGUGGGAAAACAGAACUACUUCCAGGACAAGAAGAUUUUCAGCUUUGAAGCCAAGGCAACAUCUUGAAAGCGAUAGACCUGGGCAACUGUGGCAGGCAGCUUUGCCACCUUGCAUGUUUACAGUGUUAAAAAAUGACUGUUUUCCUGACCCUUUGCCCUUCCUCAGAUGUAUUUUGGGAGAAGCUCAAGCUAUUCAUGACCUUCCCUGUCCCCUCAGGUAAGCCUUGGGCUGGUAGCAAAGGCUUUUUCCAGGAGCAACAGAGGGGUUUCUCGGGAUGAGAUUCACCUUUGUGAUUUAUGGCACUUCUGAAUCUUCACGGGAGGAGGUUGGGAGUGGAGGGGUGUGUGUGACAUUUCUGUAUACAUUCCUCCUGGGGAGGAGGCCUGAAGCCUGUGUUGGCAGGCCAGCUCUAUAAAGGGAAUUGUUAUGUCCCACCUCUGCUCCAUCUCUCCAUCACGUUUAUGGCUGUGUGCCUCAACAGUGUGCCCUGCAAAGCCAGCCUCAGCUCUGUGCUUCAGGGCUGACACGAGCCUCCCAGCCUAGUGGCAAGGACACUCACCCACAGCAUUGUCCUUGUACCAAAUUAAUCUGUUCAGGUCUCCUUGUGUCUUGUGAUUGCUCUUCUGCUGUUCUCUAUCAGCAGACUGUAGUUGAAUCAAAUAGUAACUGUGCUUUUUUUCCACCACUUCCUUUCCUAUAAAAACACUGAUCCAAGUUUUUGUGGUCAUGGUGCCAAGAGUACAGUAGUUCUGGAUGAAGGUGGAGCUGGGUGCAAAGAAGCUUUCUAUAAGUUCAUGUUCAUAUUGUGCACCUAAGAUACUGGAGUUGCAUGACUAUUUUCAUAUAUAUUCCCUGCUUUGAGAAGUACUGCCUGUGUUCCUGGCUCAGGUUACGUGCAGGAGCACCAGAAAAUCUUGUCGCUGGCUUUUUUGCACAAACUUCUUCCAGAUCUGAUACAUUGUCUUCAGAAUGAAUUUUUAUUUUUUCCUGAGUUCCUUCCAAGCUGCCUUCACAUGCUUCCUGUUGCUUGAGCACUGCAUUAUCCAGUGUCCUGAGAGAGACUUGGUUUCAGUGUUUGCAGGCUGCAGAUGCCGCAGUCCCUUCCAAGUUUGAUCCUUUGGGUCUGUUCCUGCUGUUGAAGAUCAUUUACAGAUGUUUAAAGCUGAACUCAUAGGCCAGGGCUGGGGUUCAGGACAUACUCUCACACUUCACUUGUUACUAUGAAAUUGGAAUGGGUUUUGUCUGAAAGCAAGUUAACUCUGUUCUCAGGAGCAAGAACCUUUUUCUCUGUAAAUAUUUUAGGUACACUUAAAAUGACUGAUUGGAAAAAUGUCUACCCAGCCUUUGCUUUUGAGCAAAAGCAGGCAAAUGGGAUCAAACGUCUUACUAAUCAUAUUAAGGACUGACAACAGUUGCCAAGUUGGAUGACCAUGUCUGGCUCCUGCAGAAGGAUAAGGCAGAAGACAGUUCUUGCUCCAAAGAGUUUAGCCUGAGAGAGUUUAGUCAGCAUUACAAACAUUUCUAUGCAUAACACUUGUUUUUUUCCUGUAAGCUAAUGAGAGCAACCUCAGCACCUGUGUCAGUGUGUUUGGCCUUUGACACAGAACCAACAUACAUCAGAUACAGUAGAACCAGAGGGAGAAACUGAGUCAGAACAGAAGAAGACAUUUAAUUUGUAGCAAAGCUGUUAAAGGGGAUUGGAUUAAUAAGAGUUAUGUUAGUAUUGUGAAUGGUUGGGGUGUGUUUUAGACUUGUGACACUACAUACAGUCCUGUACAUACCAGGACACAAACACCACCCCUCUCGCUCUUCUUAAAGCCUGGGUCUUAGUUAAUGGAAAUUUGGGAGUUCGGUGAUGGCAGAAUCAUCAGAGGGCCCACAUUAGUGACUGUUGCUAUUUAUGCUUUGGCAGCUUCUCAAGUCAAAGACUGACAAGGUUACUUCACCUCUUACUGUUUUUGUAUCUGAUCCAUUUAGUUUGGUUAGAGAUGUAUACAGAAAGAACCUGCUUGGACCCUUUGUUGCUGAGAUUGCAGGUGGUUUGGUGAUGCUGUUACUUCUAAGUGUCCUUGAAUGAAACUUGUAAAAGAAUUGUCUCUGCAGCUCUCAAGUGUCUGUGAAAUGCCUGCUUUUUGUGAGUCACACUUAAGCCAUUGUGGCUGUCUGGCUCCUUUGGGAAAUAGCAGAGGAAAUGGAUCUAUUUACGGCUGCUGUUUAGGUUGGGGGUAGUGGGGGCGCUAGAGCAAGUUUGUGCCUGAUUAGCAAAAGUGCUUUUAGAUAUUGCUUCCCCUCCUCAGUGUUACAGCUGGUUGGACAGAUGAUGGUGAAUCUGGAGUGUUUGUACAUCAGCUUUCCAAGUGCACUUUAUGGUGUCUUCAUAAGUUUCUAGAUCUGUGUCUAGGUGAUAUAUUGUAUAUGUCCCAACCUUACUCCCUUUGGAGUUUACAUCAUUUGUUUUUAAACUUUCAGUAUAUUUUCUCUUCUUCUUCCAAGGACUGUAAGGAAUUGGCUGCUACACUGAAGCAGGAGGGCAAUUAUUUGCUGAUAAAGAGCUGAUUUUGGCCAUAGCUGUUGUCAAGUGUGGAGCCUCAAUCUGUAGUGCAGUGUCUUGAUUAGCUACUGUGAUCAGCUGUCAGAAAGGUAAUGCCUUCUGCAUUGUGACAUGGGUAAGGAACUGGGUAUGGACAACUCAGAGGUGAGGCCAAAGUGGGAAAACUAAGACUUCUUUUAAAAAAAAAAAAAAAAGAGGUUUUGACAUCUUGGUCAAAUGGCUGCAAGUGAAUCCUGGCCAUCUUCCUUAUCGGGGCUUCAGCUUCACACAACCUUGCCAAAGGCUGUGGCCUCUCUAGAGCACUAGGCAACUCCUAAUGAGCUGCUCAGUCUUGAGUAGAACUGCAGGGAAUGUGUCUAUUUUCUCAGCUAUCGAGGCAUGGUGGCAACAAACAUGAUCUGGAUGAGUCACAGAGGGUGUGUGUCCCAUCACAGUCUCCCUUGCCACUAGAUUUACUUUGGCACUUGUGUAUCCAAGUGUGUGUGCUGUUUUGCAUAAUACCCCCCUUCACGUGCUGACCAGCUCAGAGGGGUUCCCAGUAAAUGCAUGCAUCCUCAUUUUAAAAAUCUAUUUAAAUGCUUCAGAGAGCUUUACCUCUAAGCUGGGAGAGGGAUGUCUGCACACCUGACAUCCCACAGACUGCAAAGCUGUUCUGAAAUCACACUAGUGAGGACCUGAAACUGGUGCUACCCAAGAACCCAGUGGGUGGAGAUGUGGAGGGGUCAUUCUUCUGCUUGUCAAGCUAGAGAAAUGGGCUGCCACCCAUGAUCUGGACCUCAGGAGGAUCGCAUUUUAAAGCUAGUUUCCAAAAGCAGGAGUCAUUGACCAUUGUUCUCAGUCAGUCCUGAACUCAGGGUAACUGAAAGGAGGAGAAAAGAGUAUUGUUUUCUUCAGUACCAGGAAAUCAGCAUCCCCUGUGGGGGGCAAGCUGCCAGUUUCUGUUGAUUCUUUUCUGUCUUUAUUCCUCUCCCCAUUGGCAUUGUGCACACACAUUCCUCUGAGGCAGGUCUGCAGAUCCCAGCCCCAAACUCCCUUUGCAAUGCUCUGGAGAGCUUUCUAGGGUCAAGUUUCCUGUGUAUUCUGGGCUGUUAACUUCUCCUGCUAGUCUUCUUGUUGUAAUAGUCUGUCAGGGAAGCUGGUUUUACUGCAAGGAACAGGGCUGGAUCAAAGCACCUCCCUUCUCUUCUGGCUUGGCAUCCCUGACUUUCCAGCAGCAAGCCUUGCACGCAUUUCUCAGCAGUUCUGCCCACAGCGUGGGAACUCCCUGAGUGAGAUGAGGUGGAGAGCAGCAAAGCACAUUCCUAGAGGUGUGAAUUCCAGCAUCUCAGCAAGGUGAUGCUCCUGCUUAUACCAGUAAUGCUGCUCUGGAGAGUGAAGUCUGCAGGAUCUGUCCAAUCGUGGACUCAGUGGUCCAGGUUCUCUGGCUCCCACUUGGUUCCCUUGGGAGCCACAGAGCUGAGCACUUUCUGGUGCCAGAUCAUUUUGGUGGGCCUUGUAGUGGGUGUGCAGAGAACUUUUACUUCUGGGAAACCAAACUUUCUCCUCUUCCUAAAUUUUAUAUUUAGAGUUGUAUACUCUCAUCUUCAGGAAGCUACUUCUCGUAAAGGAUAUAUUAAAUGUCCUGCUGAGUUAAACAAGGGAGAUGCUGGUCUUCCCCUUUCCUUUGAAGAUUCAAACAAAUGACAGGUGAUUUAUUUUUAGCAUUCUCUUUGUCUAUGGGGAGAGGAGGCAUGUUAUAAAGGCUCAGGGGUGCUGGGAAGUAAAGCUAUAUAUGCAUAAAGACUGUUUCAAUGCUGUACACUAUAGAUUCAGUGGUGGAUUAAAAAAAAUGUAGAUAUGCAAUUAAUGCAGAAUUUUAUGGAUGGUUGUAAUUUAAUAUAUUGCAAACUUUGUAAAUACUUGGGAAAAGCCUGUAAAGUGUGUAAAUAAAUGAGAUUUGUAUGUAGAGAAGAAGAAUAAAAAGUUUUUACUUUUUGCAAUUAAAUGCAACUGUUAAUGCA